UUCGUAUAGCUGGCACACAGAUCGCGUCUGUGACGUCUCGUGACAACGUAAUGUCACACCCAUCGUAUGACGAAACAUAGCUUGCUCAUCCUUUCACCUUCACGAUACCCAUGGUCCAAGAAGUCUUCAAUCCCAACCCAGUCAUCGUCAAGCCGGCAAAAAGCGCAGACAGACGACAUCUUACUUCUCUCUGGCUUGAUCAUGAGGACGAGGCUCCUAACGACGCUGAUGAUGUCGUAGAACCCAUUGAUCAGGAUGAAAUAUAUGAACUCGUGCGAUGGAUACACGACCCUGAGUACCCCAAUACACUUGAGGAACUCAAAGUCGUUUCGGCACCGCAAAUAUCGGUCUCGAGGAACCACAUCGUCGUGGAAUUCACCCCCACUGUACCUCACUGUGGUAUGUCGACAAUAAUAGGUCUUUCGAUUCGUGUUCGGCUUCUCAGAAGUCUACCUCAUCGCUUCAAGGUGGAUAUCAUCGUCAAGCCCGGAUCUCAUCAGAGCGAGGAAGCGGUGAAUAAGCAGCUCAAUGACAAGGAAAGGGUCGCAGCCGCACUCGAAAACCCUGCUCUGGUCAAGACGAUUGAUACAUGCCUCGAAGGACAAUCGGCGCUUGUUUAGCCUGAAACUUGGCUCGACAUUGUACGACAUGUACAAGGGAAAGUUUUCGGGUAAAUUUUGUAGCUUUAUGAACAAGGAUUGAAUGAUGUACAAUAUAAUAUAGCCCAUUAACGGUUGCUAACCAGUGAUGUAACCGGGUCAAUCUUCUGAUAUAAUAUUGCUACAUGUGAUGUACACGUACGUGCUACUGAAGUUAUACAAUGCGUAUGCGAAAUUACUGC